AAAGUGUGGAGCACAGACAUGAGUUCAGUCGUUGCUAUAGAGUGCAAUAUGAGUAAAGUCACAAUCACCAAUGGCCACCAUCAUGUGAAUGAAGCUGAAGUGGACUGCUCAGAUGGCGAGCACUUUCUCUCUGAGGCAUUCAAAGUGAUCCUAGCAGAGGCAGUUCAUAAAGCUACUGACGUGAAAGAAAAGGUGUGUGAGUGGAGCGAGCCUGAUCAGCUGAGAGCUCUGCUGGACCUGGAGCUCAAAGAUUAUGGAGAAUCUCAUGAAAAGCUGCUGGAAAGAGUCCGGGAUGUGGCCAAAUACAGUGUGAAAACUAAUCACCCUCGCUUUUUCAACCAGCUGUUCGCCGGAGUGGACUACCAUGCACUGACUGGACGCCUCCUCACAGAGACACUCAAUACCAGUCAGUACACAUACGAGGUGGCUCCGGUGUUCGUUCUAAUGGAGGAAGUGGUUCUUCGCAAAAUGCGUUCCCUAGUGGGCUGGUCAGAGGGGGAUGGCAUAUUCUGCCCUGGGGGCUCUAUUUCUAACAUGUAUGCCAUGAACGUUGCCCGAUAUUGGGCAUUUCCGCAGAUUAAGACUCAAGGCUUGUGGUGUGUUCCACGCUUGGCUGUGUUCACAUCUCAGGAGAGUCACUACUCAAUCAAAAAGUCUGCUGCAUUUCUGGGGAUUGGAACAGACAAUAUCUACCUUGUGAAAGUGGACGAAAGUGGCAGAAUGAUCCCUGAGGACCUUGAAGCUAAAAUUGUUCAUGCCAAAUCACAAGGCGCAUUCCCAUUCUUUAUCAAUGCAACAGCUGGCUCCACCGUACAAGGAGCCUUUGACCCCCUGGAGCGUAUAGCUGAAAUCAGCGAGAGGAACAGCAUGUGGAUGCAUGUUGAUGCAGCGUGGGGUGGAAGCACACUGUUUUCCAAGGAACACAAGCAUCUGAUGGCAGGAAUCGAAAGAGCAAACUCUUUGACCUGGAACCCUCAUAAAAUGCUGAUGACAGGUCUUCAGUGCUCCGUGAUUUUAAUGAGAGACACAACGAACCUGCUGAUGCAGUGUCACUGCGCCAACGCUACAUACUUGUUUCAGCAAGACAAGUUCUAUGAUACAAGUCUGGACUCAGGGGACAAGUCUAUUCAGUGUGGACGCAAAGUGGACUGUCUGAAACUGUGGCUAAUGUGGAAGGCAGUAGGCUCACAGGGCUUAGCCGAUCGUGUUAACAAGGCUUUUGCCAAUACAAGGUAUUUGGUGGAGGAGAUGAAGAAAAGAGAGGGAUUUCAGCUUGUCUCUGAGCCACAAUUUGUGAACGUGUGCUUCUGGUUUGUUCCUCCGAGCAUUAGAGGAAAAGAGAACUGUCCAGAUUACCAGGACAAAUUAGCAAAGGUGGCACCAGUUAUAAAGGAACGAAUGAUGAAGCGUGGCUCUAUGAUGGUGGGGUACCAGCCUCUGGGUAGUCGGGUGAACUUUUUUCGAAUGGUAAUUCUCUCUCCCCAGCUGAAGCACGCUGACCUGGACUUCUUUCUGGAUGAGAUAGAAAGGCUGGGAAAAGAUCUGUAACUGAGCUGUGGUAGUUGGAUAUCCCUUAUAUAGAUCUAUCUACAGGCAGUAUUACUGUAAUUCAGUUAGAAUACUGGUUCUUAACUGAGAAGUUAAGGGACCAUUAACAAUUACUUUGAUUGGUUUUUUUUGUUUCACUACAAGUGUUGUUCUCCAGCCUAAAUUUAAAUCCACCACAUUUAGCUUAUGUGUGACUACUACAAAAAAAAAAAGAUUCACAGAUAUACAUUAUUGUAACUAAUUGCUUUAUAAAGUCCUCCAAAAUUUGAAAAGCUUUUUAAUUUAAAACGUUAGUUACAUUUUUAUUUCAAACAGAGGCUAGCAGUUAGUCUGCUGGUCUGUUAGCUGUUCUAAUGUUACCUAAGUUUACAUUUAUGGCAUUUUGCUAACACUACAUAAACUACCUAUUAAAUAUGAUGGUUUGUUUUAAUGUUUGGAAGUAGAUAAAUAACUAAAAACUCCCAGUUGUUUUCCCCAUAACCAGUGUGAAAUAGUUAACUUGCCUAGUAAACAAAAGACUUGCUCCCAAAUACCAUUUUUAGUGCACUGAAUUGGCAUUUACUAUUUACAGUAGUAUGAGGUUUGGGAUUUCAUUUAAAUAUUUUCUGAGGCAUUAGAAAAUACAUGUGUAAAUAAUAAAUAAUGUAUUAACAUCCACAAAGUUGAAUCAGUUCAUC